UUCAUUCAUCGCACUUUCCUGAGAGAUCCCUCUCUACUUUCGAAUUCCAUUUUCUGUCCCUGUUCUAGGUUUUCUUAUCAGCAAUGGCGUCAGCUGAUGUUGAAUACCGAUGCUUUGUCGGCGGCCUCGCCUGGGCCACCGACGACCAGGCUCUGGAGCGAGCCUUUUCUCCCUUUGGCGAUAUCCUUGAAUCGAAGAUUAUCAACGACCGUGAGACCGGUAGGUCCAGAGGCUUUGGAUUCGUCACCUUCAGCAACGAGAAGGCGAUGAGGGACGCGAUCGAAGGUAUGAACGGUCAGAAUCUCGACGGCCGUAACAUUACUGUAAACGAGGCUCAGUCCCGUGGAAACGGUGGAGGAGGUGGUGGUGGCGGUUACAGCCGCAGCAGUGGCGGUUACGGAGGUGGCGGUGGCGGUCGCCGUGAAGGAGGUGGUGGGUACAGCCGUGGUGGCGGUGGGUACGGCAGCAGUGGUGGCGGCGGCGGAUACGGUGGCGGCGGCGGCGGCUAUGGAGGUGGCCGUGAACGUGGUUACGGUGACAGUGGUGGUGGUUCUAGGUAUUCUAGGGGGGGUGGUGGUGGUGGUGGUAGUGAAGGUAGCUGGAGGAGCUAAAGGGUUUAGAGUUUUCUUUAGGCUUUUCGUGAUUUGUUUCCGUUGAUUCGAGUGUUGGUACUCCGGUUCUGGUUCGGUUCUGGUUCUGGUUCUGGUUCUAUGUUAUGGCUUUCAGUUUGGCUCUCUUUUUUGACCGAUGGUUCCCGUGUUCCCAUGUCAUGUUACCCCAAAAAUAUGGAAGAAUUACUUUAUUGAAAUGAAGUAUAUAUGUUCUUUCGAA